CAUGCGUGUGGGGAACGGUUCCGAGUACAGUGGGUUAUACGCUUUCUCGAUCGCAAAGAAAUAAUUUAAGUAAAACGUAACAGAGAUCGACCAUAUCGUACAAUAAUGGCAAUCAACGUAAGGAGACUUUGCAGACUCAAUCUCAACCUGUCAAAUAAUAUACUUUCCAAGUCUAAUUUUAUAAAUGUUGGGGUCCGCUCUCUCUACUCGGAGCAAGACCUGGGUGUACCAUUGUACGAAAAUGCGAGAUACAUAUUUCGUAAUCAGUUCAUGACGAUCGAAGACACGUUCCGCUCGAAAAUGAAGGAGAUCUGCGAGAAAGAGGAUGGAGUUAUAUAUACGGAAGAUUUAAAAGCCAUGCUGCACUUAGUACAUGAAAACGACGAAGAUAUGAAGCUGUUGAGUAAAAUGUUAGAGAAAUACGUUAGGACAAAGGAAGAGAGGAAAAUCACUGUGUAUGCGUUUGGGCCAGUGGUAAUGAGGAUGUUUUACUAUUUGGACCAACCGCAGAGAGCUCUGGCUAUGUUUGAAAAUAAUGAGCUUUCUGAGCACUUUGACUAUCGCACGUCUUUCCGUAUUUUAAUGUGCCUCUUGUAUAAACACAAUAUGUUCAAAGAAAUGAGGGACGUGUAUGAUAAAAUAUUGCUCAACAAAGGUAUGGACUUUAUUGGAAACAACUCUGUUCUGAUGUAUGCUGGAUGUGUGAAAGAGAACACUCCGGAGGCAUUGGAUUAUGCAUUGAAACAGUGGAAAGACCAGUACGAUACUGUGAAACCUUCGCUGAGAAGUUCUAGCUUAGUGGCGUUAUUAGCACUAAAAAAUAAUGCGUCUGAAGUGGCAGCGGAAAUUUUGUCUGUAACCGAUAGAGAAACAGCAAUAAGCAUUAGAUGCUUGAAAAUGUUGACAUAUAUGAGUUUGCAGAAAUAUGUGCAAAUAAUCCCACUUUUGAAAUGUGCCGUAGAGUCCGACACUUCCGUUCGGCAACAGAAAUUCUUCGCCGACGUGAUAUACGAACUGGAGGAAAAACUCAAGUCAGAGACUGUACCAGAACGUGAGGAAAUUCUUCACUUGAUAGAUGAUUUGAAGAAAGGUGAUCUCCUUGAGAUGCACUGUACCUUGGAGGAGUUCUUGCUCAGACCUAUGUCCAUCCCUAAGCAGACAUUGGGCAGGAAUAGAAUGAAGUUUGCCUCUUCGAACAAUCAGCCGAAACAGGCUGCGGCUGGGUUGAAGAAUUACUUUUAAUGCAUUUUUUUCUACAGACUCGUUAACGAAUUACCAUCGUUUUUGUUAAUAUUAAAAUAUUACAAAAACUUGUACUUCCGAUCGGUACUAUAGUCGUAUUGUAUUAUUGUUCGUGAGCGAAUCGUUUACUUUGUACGUAAUAGUAAUUGUAUUAAAGACACGAAAUAAGAGCUUUAAAGGAGAGUAUACACAGUCGAAUGUGUUUUCUUUAUAUGUAUACUGAUUUAUUUCAUCGCUCCUGAUGUUUUUAAGCAAUGGAAGGUUUCAUUAUUCCUCAACAUUGUUUAAAUAUUCUAGACAGAAAAUACAUACAUGUACUUUGAA